CCAGCUCUGCUACCCUUACACGUUUGAAACAGAGAAAAGAGAGAGAAAAGUCGGUUACAAUUAGUAGAAGAAAAGCGAGGACGCCAUUUGAUGAAGUCGUCCGUCCGUCUUGACCGUUCACACCACCACCAGCACCACCGCUUGCUUCUUCCGUCCUUAUUACCAGGUCGGUCAUUCAGGCUUGUUUCUAAUCUGUAUUGCCGUCAGAACAGACAGAUCUUUCUUUUUUUUGUUUCUCUUUCGUUCUUAGUUUUCCCUUGUAGAGAUGAGAUUUAUGCUGAUUAUAUGUAAUACUCAUCGAUAACAAAACAGAAAUUGUUCGAUACCCAUACAUAAAUCUUUGAUACUCAGAUUAGUUUAGCUGCAAAAUAGGAUCUUUUCGUGUUAAAGUUUAGAUUUUGGUGUGUGAAAGAUGUUGUCCAAAUCUUGUGCGAAUUUAUUGAGUCUCGUUUCGUCCGGAGGAGAUUUUCCGAAAAUUGGUCGGACCCGGUUGCCGAGGGUCAUGACCGUGCCUGGGAUCAUCUCGGACUUCGACGGUGACGACGAUGAUGACCGGAGUGAUUGCGCGGCGUCGGAUGUUGUGUCAUCUGUUGCACAGGAGAGAAGAAUUAUUGUUGCGAAUCAGCUGCCUUUGCGGGUUCAGCGCGAUCCAGAGAGUAACAAAUGGUGUUUUGAAUGGGAUAAUGACGCGCUUGUAUUGCAACUCAAAGACGGGUUUUCGCCGGACGUCGAAUUUGUUUACGUUGGUUGCUUGAAGGCUGAAAUUGAUGCGUCGGAGCAAGACGAGGUGGCGCAGUUUCUUCUCGAGAAGUUCCAUUGUGUGCCUACGUUUUUGCCAUCUGACAUCCAGAAUAAGUUCUAUCAUGGGUUCUGUAAGCAACAUCUCUGGCCGCUGUUCCAUUACAUGUUGCCAAUCUCGCCUAACCAUGGCGCCCGUUUUGAUCGGGCUCUGUGGCAGGCGUAUGUAUCUGCUAACAAAAUUUUUGCAGAUAAGGUGAUGGAAGUGAUAAAUCCAGAUGAGGAUUACGUCUGGGUUCAUGAUUACCAUCUUAUGGUACUGCCCACGUUUCUAAGAAAAAGAUUUAAUCGAGUGAAGCUUGGGUUUUUCCUACACAGUCCUUUCCCCUCGUCGGAGAUUUACAGAACGCUGCCGGUGCGAGAUGAGAUUCUCCGGGCGCUGUUGAAUUCUGAUCUUAUUGGUUUCCACACGUUUGAUUAUGCUCGGCACUUCCUGUCUUGCUGCAGUCGGAUGUUGGGUCUAGAUUAUGAAUCCAAGCGGGGGUACAUUGGGCUUGAGUAUUAUGGCCGGACUGUGAGCAUUAAGAUCCUUCCAGUUGGAAUUCACAUGGGCCAGCUUGAUACUGUUCUGUCCCUCCCGGAAACUGCCAGGAAGGUCCAGGAACUGAAAGAAGAGUUUGAGGGGAAGACUGUGAUAAUCGGCGUUGAUGAUAUGGAUAUAUUCAAGGGCAUCAGCCUGAAGUUCUUGGCAAUGGGGCAGCUCCUGGAACAGCACCCUGAAUUGAAAGGGAAGGUGGUUCUGGUUCAAAUUGCAAACCCUGCUAGGAGCCAGAGUAAGGAUAUCCAAGAAGUUCAGGAUGAAACCCAUUUUAUAGCCAAAUCAAUCAAUGAAAAGUAUGGUAAGGACGGGUAUCAACCGAUUGUUUUCAUCAACCGCUUUGUUUCAACUCUAGAGAAGGCUGCAUUCUACGCCAUUUCUGAGUGCUGUGUUGUUAAUCCAGUAAGGGAUGGAAUGAACUUGGUCCCCUAUAAGUACACAGUUUGCAGGCAGGGAAGCCCUCUGCUAGACAAAGUGCUGGGAACAGAUGGGUCCAGCUCCCCAAGAAAGAGCAUCAUCGUUGUGUCUGAGUUCAUUGGGUGCUCUCCAUCCCUUAGUGGGGCCAUCCGGAUUAACCCAUGGAACAUUGAUGCUGUGUCUGAUGCCAUGAACUUGGCCAUCACCAUGCCAGAGGCAGAGAAACAAUUGCGCCAUGAGAAGCACUACAAGUACAUAAGUUCUCACGACGUUGCCUACUGGGCUCGGAGCUUUGAUCAAGACCUAGAGAGAGCUUGCCGAGAGCAUUUCAUUAAAAGGUGUUGGGGAAUUGGCUUUGGCUUGGGUUUCAGAGUUGUUGCUCUGGGUCCUAACUUCAGGAAGCUUUCAGUAGAGCACAUUGUCUCUGCAUAUAAGAAGACAAAUAGCCGACUGAUCCUUCUUGACUACGAUGGUACCAUGAUGCCGCAGACAUCUGUCGACAAAACUCCUGGCAAGGAAGUUAUUUCGGUGUUGAAUAGUUUAAGCAGUGACCCGAAGAAUGUUGUUUUUAUUGUGAGUGGCAGAGGGAAGGAUUCUCUCAGCAAAUGGUUUUCUCAGUGCGAGAAGCUGGGUAUUUCAGCAGAACAUGGCUACUUUACAAGGUGGAACAGAGAUUCUCCAUGGGAGUCCUGUUUAUUGGCAAUAGAUUUUGACUGGAAAAAGAUUGCUGAACCUGUAAUGGAACUUUACACAGAGACAACAGAUGGAUCUUCCAUUGAGCAUAAGGAGAGUGCCCUGGUCUGGCACCACCAAGAAGCUGACCCAGAUUUUGGGUCAUGCCAGGCAAAGGAGCUUCUUGACCACUUGGAGAAUGUGCUUGCCAAUGAGCCUGUGGUUGUUAAAAGAGGGCAACACAUAGUCGAAGUAAAACCACAGGGUAUAAGCAAGGGUGUGGUUGUUGAAAACCUUAUCUCAACCAUGUCAAGCAAGGGGAAGCCACCGGAUUUUGUAUUGUGCAUAGGGGAUGACCGGUCGGAUGAAGACAUGUUUGAGAGCAUUGAAAGAUGCAUCUCCAACCCAUCCAUCCUAUCUAGAGCUGAAGUGUUUGCCUGCACUGUUGGUCAGAAGCCAAGUAUGGCAAAGUACUAUCUUGAUGAUACUGUUGAGGUCAUCAAGUUGCUUCAAGGCAUUGCUACUGCAUCAAUCCAGCCACCAAAAUCUGCACAUCUUCAGGUUUCUUUUCAAGGUUCUCUUUGAUUUGGAUUAAAGUAUAAUAGAGAUGCUCCAAAAAUUCAUUAGUCUGAAUUGGCAUUACCUGUUGCAAGAUGAGGUGGGUGCAAGUUCGGAAUCAGUUGUCUAAAUUGCACUCUCUUCUCAGAUUGGAUGGAAAUAAGUUGGUCAUAAACGAGUGUUGAUAAGCACCUUUGUACAGGACGGUACAUACAUCAAGUUAAUAUGAAACAGAAUACAGGAAAGUUUCAUACUUAUUUCAUACUGUGGAGUCUGAACUCUGGCAUCUGUUCUAAAGAAUGAUCUACAGUUUCAAAAACCAGGGGGAGCUCUGCUUUCAGCCCAAAUUGUUGGAUCAAAAAUGUCUGGAAUGGAUACAGCAGACCAAUUGAGCAGGCAUUGCCUUUUGUCUCAAUUGGAAGAAACUAAACAUCUGUAGGUUGGAUGCUUGAUAAAGCUCAACAAACUAGCACAGAGAUGCCCCAAUUCGCAUUCCAUUUUCAUAUGUACAUAUAAGGAGUUGUUACCAUUUCCUUUUUAUUUAUUCCCUCUUGAUCAUAUUUUAGGACAUGUAAUCAGAAAUGGUGAGUGGAAUCAGCCUUAUGGCUUUCAUAAAAAAAAAAAUAGUAUUGAUGCCAUGAAAAGUCAGCCCUUUUAACUAUUUCUGGUAUAAGAGCCAUGGAUGGCCAUCUCUUUUAAAUCUAUGUUAUUUCAUCAA